CCGAGAGGGUUUUCUGGUUUCCCAUGGUUCUCCGACGCCUUGAUUCCAGAAAUGGCACUUUGAAAUUCACACCCCGGAUUGAGAUAUAUUGAGAUUCAGAGAGGAAAAUCUCCCACUCGUUAGUGUUGAAGAAUCCUAGUCCUCUGUCCAAUUUCAUCCGCACUCUGUUUCGCUUGGCUCAUCAGAUCUGAAGGGACUGAGGAGUGAGAGUGGUGGCCGUAGGCAUUCUUCCCGGCUGUAUAUGAUCGAAGAGGGUUUUCCUGUUCCAAUCAGAAUAUGGUGGUUGUGGAGAAGAUCUAAACCUCAAAUUCCGGUUCUUGUGUUGAUCUGAUACUCACAGUUGUUUCUAGUUCUGUUUUCUCCAGUUGUUUGAUUGAUCGUGAAGUUUGGAUAAUUGAUUUGGCUAGAUCUUGGGGUUCCGGAUAGAAUCAUAGUUGAUUCAGUGAUUUGAUCAAAAUGGAGACACUCGUUUUGGUUUCUGAGCACAGGAACGAGUACUAUAAUAACAGGUCCGCCGGAGCUGGCAGCCUUGGCUUUGGUCCGUUUGGCUCACCCCCUUCGGAAAGUUUCAGGGAGAUAAAUUGUAGGUCGUUCCAUGCUGGAUCAGGUAUACUCCCGACACCGCUGCAGUCUUGCCCCACUCUGGUUUCUAAAAGAAUUGGAUCAACUUCUUCUACCUCUUCAUUCAAGACGCCGUGUCCAACUGUAAAGUCUACCCAUAACCAGAAAAAUAGGAUAAGGUCUGUUAGAAGUGUUUCAAUACCAAUUGAAAAAGUGAGCCGUCACUCUAGGAUUUCCCAUUCGUUGCAGGAUGACAUCCAGUUCUCAGAGAGAUGGGCUGGUCCUACUUACUCAAACUCACCUCCUCCCAGUUCUUUACCAAUCCCUAAAUUCUCCGUGAAGCCUAAAAGAUCUGUUUCACUUGACUUACAAGCAUCAGUUUCUUCCAUUCAUUUUCGACCUGUUGCUCUGUCUGCACCUGCAUCACCCACCAGGGAGUGGAGCCCAUCUCCCGAAGAUUUGUUUGAUCAAGAUGACUCUCACUUUGCGACGAAAACACUUAGUCGUAUUCUCAAUCUCGACAUUACAGAUGAUUAGGACUCGUUGGGUGACUAGAUCUCCUUAUCAUAAGGAGAGUACAUCUAGUUUCCCAAGGGGUUAGCAAUAUAUUGUGUGUUUGUGGUGAAUAAAACCAGUUCCUACUGUGACUGCUUCUAGUUCGUUGUUUGGGCAUAAUAAAUGGAUGUGUAGAGCAAGGGCAUGCCGCUUUCUGUUCCGGUACAAGUAUUGCAAGGGCUUGAGUGGGUGGUUGAUCAACUAUUUUCAUUGUUUUCUGUGCUAGUUACUCUGGAUGGCUUCAAUUUGGUUGGGUAUCUGAGGAAGUGAAUAGUAAAAAAAAGAAUUUGAAGGUUACUGGUGGUACUUUGCUACUUCACAGCUUCUAGGUUGUAUGAUGCAGCUUAAAGGAGAUUUCUGCAAUCUGCAGAGUGCCAAAUCCAUAACCACACUCAUCUUUACAAUGUCUUCUCUAAUUGCCUUCUCUUAUAUUCAGUCUUUCUUGUGUCUAUAGUGUAUAUAUACCCAAAAUCCUGAUCUCUAAAUAGGUUUACUGCUUCUUUAGGAUCGUCUUGUUAACCAUAUCUUUAGGUCUCCGUUCUUGAUUGUCUUCUUUUACGCUUGUCUCGGUAAAAUUUAUUCUCUGUGGCUCAUAUGCUCCAACUGUAUAGGAUCUUUAGAGAACUGUUUGACUGCAACUUCUCAUCCUUCAUCAUCUCUGUCUGUACUAGCUAUUGGUCUUUUGCUUAUAUACAGUACUACUUGUUGAAGCUGCUUGCUCCUUCACCAUGUUUCUGAUUUUUUGAAAAGAAAAUGGGAAGAGGAAGUUGGCUUCAUCCACUCCUCAUCUUUCCUGAUCAAGUUCUUCAUCCAUCCAAUGUCUAUCCUUUUCUUUUGUUAUUCGUAUUCUGUUAAGCAUUCCCAGUUCCUUUCCAUCCCAACGUUUGGGAGCCAUGUGAUUGGAAGAUAGUUGAUUUGCCAAGAUGUGUUCUCGAGCUCUUGUAAGACGAACAAGUACAAACAAAAGAAGGUUGUGUUCUCGUGACCGCGUUUCAGAAACUGGCUGUGCUCUUGUUCCCGGAGGUGGUGUUCUUCUAUUCCAUUUCAAGUUGGUCUGAUUUUGUGGUUUCAUUUGCCUGUGUAAUGUUCAGUGUCAUGUUGCUGUCUUGUGUUUGAACUCUGAGUUGUUGUGCCCAUGUUGCUUUUUUAUUUUUUGUUGAGACUGAAGAAGUAAACAAAUGGUUGAUAU